CUCGCUGACGCUCUCUGUGCGUCUGACGUCAGCACGCAAAGCCCCCCAAACCUAGACUGAAGCUGUAAACAAUAAAACCCAACCCCGUCCAUCGUCCAUGCGCUAAAGAUGCGUUUGUCCGCGAUGACGGCCGUGUUGUCGGUGCUGCUGUGGCUCCUGUGCUCCCUCAGGUCCGCUCGAGGUUACUAUGGCAACCCCCUGAGCAAGUACAUCCGUCACUACGAGGGUCUGUCGUACGACACGGAUCUGCUGCACAGUCAGCAUCAGAGAGCCAAGAGAGCGCUGUCUCUGCAGGAGCGCGAGCUGCAGCUGGAGUUCCACGCUCACGGCAGACAUUUCAGCCUGCGAAUGAAGCGAGACACCAGGCUGUUUUCAGACGGCUUUAAGCUGGAGAUGUCUGGACAGGAGCUGGACUACGACACCUCGCACAUCUACACCGGAGAAAUAUACGGUGAACAGGGCUCUCUGACGCACGGCUCGGUCGUGGACGGGAAGUUCGAGGGCUUCAUUCAGACCCAUCGAGGGACGUUUUACGUGGAGCCGGUCGAGAGAUACCUGCAGGACAAGAAUGUCCCGUUCCACUCCGUCAUCUACCACGAGGACCACAUCCAUUAUCCUCACAGAUACGGGCCGGGAGGCGGCUGCGCGGAUUCGUCUGUGUUCGAGCGGAUGAAGAGAUAUCAGGCGUCUGCGCUGGAGGACCCGAGCAAGGAGGCGAUCACGUCCACAGAUGACCCCGUCUUACUGAGGAAGAGGAGGAUGACGCAGGUGGAGAAGAACACCUGCCAGCUCUUCAUCCAAACCGAUCACCUCUUCUACAAGUACUACAAGACCAGAGAGGCCGUGAUCGCUCAGAUCUCCAGUCACGUCAAGGCCAUUGAUGCCAUCUACCAGGGCACAGACUUCAUGGGCAUCCGCAACAUCAGCUUCAUGGUCAAGAGGAUACGGAUUAACACCACCAGCGACGAGCGCGAUCGCUCCAACCCCUUCCGCUUCGCUAACAUCGGCGUGGAGAAGUUUCUGGAGCUGAACUCGGAGCAGAAUCACGAUGAUUACUGCCUGGCGUACGUCUUCACCGACCGGGACUUUGACGACGGCGUGCUGGGUCUGGCCUGGGUCGGCGCUCCAGCUGGGAGCUCUGGGGGAAUCUGCGAGAAGAAUAAGCUGUAUUCUGACGGGAAGAAGAAGUCUCUGAACACCGGGAUCAUCACGGUGCAGAACUAUGCCUCGCACGUGCCUCCCAAAGUCUCGCACAUCACCUUUGCUCACGAGGUCGGACACAACUUCGGUUCCCCGCAUGACUCCGGGUCGGAGUGCACUCCGGGCGAGUCCAAGAGCCAGGAUAAGAAGGAGCGAGGGAACUACAUCAUGUACGCUCGAGCCACAUCCGGAGACAAGCUGAACAACAACAAGUUCUCCGUCUGCAGUGUCAAGAACAUCAGCCAGGUGCUGGAGAAGAAGCGCGGCAGCUGUUUCGUAGAGUCUGGACAGCCCAUCUGUGGGAACGGUCUGGUGGAGCCGGGUGAGGAGUGUGACUGUGGCUACAGUGAUCAGUGUAAAGACGAGUGCUGCUAUGACGCCAAUCAGCCAGACAACAGGAAGUGCAAACUCAAGCCCAACAAAGUCUGCAGUCCGAGUCAGGGCCCCUGCUGCACGGCCGAGUGCUCCUACAAGGGCCGGAAUGAGAAGUGUCGCGAGGAGUCUGAGUGCGCUCAUCAGGGCAUGUGUAACGGCGCCUCGGCCCAGUGCCCCACCUCAGAGCCCAAAGCCAACUUCACCGCCUGCCACGGGGACACGCAGGUCUGCCUGAACGGGGGCUGCUCUGGCUCCAUCUGUGAGAAGUACGGGCUGGAGGUCUGCACCUGCGCCAGCAUGGACGGCAAAGACGAGACCGAGCUCUGCCACGUGUGCUGCAUGGAGAGAAUGAACCCCAGCACCUGCAGCAGCACGGGCUCUGAGCGUCUCGCCCGCUUCUUCAAUAAGAAGGUCACUACUCUUCAGGCCGGCUCACCCUGCAACGACUUCAAGGGCUACUGCGACGUCUUCAUGAAGUGCCGUCUGGUGGACGCUGACGGUCCUCUGGCACGCCUGAAGAAGGCCAUCUUCAACCCGGAGCUGUACGAGAACAUCGCAGAGUGGAUCGUGGCUCACUGGUGGGCAGUUCUGCUGAUGGGAAUCGCUCUCAUCAUGCUGAUGGCCGGAUUCAUUAAGAUCUGCAGUGUUCACACGCCCAGCAGCAACCCCAAACUGCCUCCUCCUAAACCUCUGCCAGGUACUCUGAAGAGACGACGAGCUCAGCAGCAGCAGCAGCAGCAGCAGAACCAGAACCAGAACCAGCACCAGCACGCUCACCAGAACCAGCGGCCCGCUCCACGCCAGGCCCAGCGCCAGCGCCAGCCCCGGGAGAACUACCAGAUGGGCCAGAUGAGACGCUGAGAGCCUCUUUACAGGAGCCACCAGUCCAUAACGCUUCCUCAGACUUCUGUCCUCACAUCAUUUCUCUGUUUUACCCUCGAGUGCCAAGGUUUACCGGGGUAUUUGUAGAUAGAGCAUCUCCUGUCGUCCUUCAUGAACUCCUCUCAAGACUCCUGGUUUGAUAUCAAACAUCUUUUUAAGGAUUCGUGCGGAGCUUAAGCACGGAAAAGGACUUUUAUUUUGUAAGAGCAGAAACGUUUCGCCUUCCCUUUUCCGCAGACGCGCGGCUGUAUAGAGAAACGAUAUUAACUGUAUUAUAUGUGAGAACAGAUUAUUUCUUCUACUGUCGAUAAGAAAUUUACAGUUACAGUUUUGUUGACAACACUCAGGACUCAAAAACGCUAACGAAGGAGGCGGCUCUGCGUCAGUCCGCCGUUUACAUGCUUCAUUCUGUGUGCGUUCGUGUUUGUUUGUAUAUAGCUCCACACCUCUAUGGCAAGCCCGUUCAACAUUUAAUCCUCAAAACCUCUUCAGCUACCCGUGCUUAUUAUUUAGGUACUAUUUAGGUACUACUUUUUAAAGGUAUUAAUUUUUAUUCAUAAGAUACUAGUACUUAUUCAUUAGCUGCUAGUGCUUAUUCUUUAGGUACUAGGUAUAUUAUUAUUUAAGUACUAGUAUCUAAUAAAUACUGUUAUCUUUAAAAGGUUACUAGUACCUAUUUCAGUGGUGACUAGUAACUAUUAUGUUGUUCCUAGUAGCACAUUUCAGAUUGUUGCCACUUCUAUGGGGAUCUGUCAUUCAGAUAUUAACUUCAGUUCUGACUAGUAUGCAUUCAUAAUGUGACUCAUGUUUUUAAAUAGUACUAGUAAGCAUUCAAUAGAUACUAGUACAUACUUAGUUAUUUGUUAGUCACUAGUUUUAGGUACUUAUUUUUUAGACACGUCUUUUUGUAAUUGUUGCUAGUAACUGUUCUUACCUUAAUAGUCACAAUUUUUUUUUAACUCGUUUUCUGUUUUAACUAGU